AUGCUUGGCGUUUUAGGCCUAACUUCAGCGACGAGCUCUAGAAACUCGAUUUAUGCUUCCGACUUCAAAGCUUCAUACGGGUGUCGAGGUAGCGAUUUUCGCUCGUCCGACGAACUAAGAGCCGUGCGAGGUGCGUGCUCUCGUCUUAAUGAAUGGGUGAUCAGUCCAUGUCUUUUUAGGGUGCAAAGUGCGAGUGCUUAUCGAGUUUGCCUCGAGUUUUGGUUUGACGUCAAACGGGUGCGUGCUUUAUAUCGACAAGUUUCCGCUUAUGCCGUGAUGAGACGCGCUUGUCGAGUUGGAAAGGACUUCAAAUAA